GUUUUAAUCAAGCAGAACUUCCAAUAAACAUUUGCAAAACCAAUCUUUUUCAUUUUCGCAAAGAAAAGCUAACUCUGAAGCUGAGAACCUCCAGCGACCAUCUACUUCCACAAGCCCUCAUCACCAGUUGCAGAUAGUGGAGUGGUCUCCUCUGGGACUGAACCGGAUCCAAGACCACCCGCUGCCUCCGGGCCUCAGCUCGGCCAUGGUUCUGUGCGAGGACGGCGAGUGCAGCGUCUGCCUCUCGCCCUUCUCGCGGUCGGACAGGAUCCCCCGGGUGCUCCACUGCAGACACACCUUCUGCGACCCGUGCCUGGAGACCAUGUCGCAGGCCAGGAACGGGCUGCUCACUGUGGGCUGCCCUUUGUGUCGCCGAGUGACCUGCGUGGGCCGCGGCCUCAGUCUGCAGGAAGCCCUGUGGGUGAACAGCAAGCUGUGGGAGCGGAUACCCGAGGACGCAGAGGAGGAGGAGGAGGAGGAGGAAGAUGGACGGAAACAAGUCGCUCAGGAGGAAGGGAUGGAGGCUAAACAACAACCCUCGCCGCAGGCAGAAUGUGCGUCCUCCAGGUCCAACGGAACCAAACUCAAGCUGCCCGCGUUCUUCCGGAGGUUCAGUCUGACAAAGCGACACCAGGAGAGGAUUGUUCCGGGCAACAACGUGGAAAUGAAAUCCUGGCGCAGGCUUUCAACUGAAGACGCUACCGUUUAAAAGCCGGAUCGGUACCGCGGGAGAGCCGCUGGCCGCUAGCACCGAGCAUCCAUGUGUGUUCCUGUCACGACAUUGUCUCCACCAUUAUUUAUUCUAGGCUUAAUCUCCCAGCUGGUGCUCUGGGAUUUGGUUCAGCUGUCCCAGUGGGACCCGCACCCCGGGACCCCCUCCCACCAGAUGGUGUCCGGAGGGCGUUCCCUUUCGCGUGUAGCCACAUGCUGAACAUUGAAUAUAAUUUAUUGUCCUUCUAUUAAUGACAGCUAGUUAACACAGUAUUUAAUAAAAGUAUUUUUGAAAUAAUGUA